CUCUAUCAUCAGAAUCCUUUAUCCGGGUACUACUAUCUGCAUUUUGCAAUCUCUUGCUCUUUUCCUCUUUGUCUCUCUUGUCGCUUUGUUUAGAGGUCUAUUUGUUGUCCAAAUAUAGAUCUCUUUGGUUCCUUGUAUUUUAGCCCAAUCUUGUUUCAGACGGCAUUCCGCUCGUUUUCCCCAACUGGGUAUGUCGCAGCUGGAGCGCUCUCUCGGGCAUUGUCACAUGGGUCAUAUGUAGGCGGCAAUUCCUGCCAACUUCCCGACUGCUGACAUAGUCUCAAACCUUUACUACACAUACCUUUCCUGCCUUUACCUAUCUCAAUCGUCGGUCUUCACUGUCUCUACUCGCUUCCCUGGUUCAUCCGAAUUAAAUUGAAGGCGCAUCCGACGGCGCCAUCUCGUGAUGCAGUACGUCCGAAGUAUCAGCGGUUCGGUGUCGAAGACAUGGAAUUCCAUCAAUCCAGCCACCUUGAGCGGGGCCAUUGAUGUCAUUGUCAUUGAGCAGGAAGAUGGAACACUCGCCUGUUCACCGUUUCAUGUUCGAUUUGGCAAGUUCUCUUUGCUUCGUCCAUAUGAGAAGAAGGUGGAAUUUCAAGUCAAUGGAGUCAAGCAGGACUAUGCGAUGAAGCUCGGGGAGGGCGGAGAGGCCUUUUUCGUCUUUGAAACAUCAGACGAGAUCCCCGCUUCAUUGCAGACGUCACCGCUAGUAUCGCCGGCGGCUAGUCCGAGAACGCGGAGCGAGGAAGAUCUUCCAUCUUCUCUUCAGGAACCGGAGUUUCUGGACCUCGAAAAAUCCUCCGCCGCUACUCAUUUGCAGGAUGCGAAAGCAGGCUCGGACAUACCUCUGCUUUCGCGAGGGGCGAGGGCAUCUAGUGAUUUGGGUGCCAUGACUCCUCUGUCGCAAUCCCCGGAAGAGACCAGUGUUGGCCGACUCCGCCGCGGCUCCUUGGGUAACGCACCAGGUUUUGACCGGGCAUCGUCUGAGCCUGUAAUAAUAGCGAAGAAAAAUACCGGCACUUCCAACGAGGGUGGUUUUGCAGUUGGAUCGCAGCCUCCCAGUCCCACAACCAGCGACGGCCACAAUCUCACCGAUCGCCCUCGGAGUCCUCCUUUACUCACGCCGCAGGAAGCCGUUUCGCGCGCACUUUCUCUGUCAAAGAAACUGUCGUCAUCCAACAUUCCAACUCGCGUCAAUGAGACGGGCGAUCUCAUGCUCGACAUGACCGGUUACAAAAGCAACGAGGAGGACGCUCUGCGUGCCGAACUCAUUGCCCGUAAGAUAUUGGCCGAGGAACUGGAGGGAAGCUAUGACAUUGGAGGCCUUAUCGGAGCGGACGAGCAUGGAAACUUGUGGAUCUACAGUAGCGAGGAGGCAAAGGAGGCAGCCAACCGCCGAGCGACUUUUAAUUCGAUGCGACCACACUCGGCCAUGAGUGAAAAUGCUAUUUCUGACCCUGGGUACCACAGCGACACCGAUCACCCUGUGUCCGAGUCGCCGUAUCCGACUCGGCAUCACCGUGCCAAAUCCGAUGUGCAGCCAGGCCCUCCUACCCCUCCACAGUCACCUACUCAAGACUCGACUCCAGGAGAACAAACCCGGAAUUAUGCCAAGACUCUUCGCUUGACGAGUGACCAGCUCAAGGCACUGAAUCUAAAGCCUGGUGCCAAUCCAAUGUCGUUCAGUGUGAACAGAGCUACCUGUACUGCGACCAUGUACCUCUGGAAUAGUACCACGCCCAUUGUCAUUUCCGAUAUCGAUGGGACGAUCACCAAGUCCGAUGCUUUGGGCCAUGUGUUGAAUAUGAUCGGUCGGGAUUGGACUCAUGCUGGUGUGGCGAAGCUCUACACCGACAUAGUCAAUAACGGCUACAAUAUCAUGUAUCUCACAAGUCGAUCUGUAGGUCAGGCGGAUACCACCCGUACGUACCUUUACGGAGUCUGCCAAGAUGGCUACAGAUUACCCAAGGGUCCUGUCAUUAUGAGCCCUGACCGGACGAUUGCGGCGCUCAGGCGGGAAAUCUACCUGAGGAAACCGGAGGUGUUCAAGAUGGCUUGCUUGCGGGACAUUUUGGGUCUUUUCAACGGAAAGGAGAAUCCGUUCUACGCUGGCUUCGGCAACCGUCUGACAGACGCGCUGAGUUACCGGUCGGUCAACAUUCCGUCCACCAGGAUCUUUACCAUCAACUCGAACGCAGAGGUAUCCUUGGAUCUUCUGAGCCUGAAUAAGUACAAGAGCAGUUACGUGACCAUGCAGGAACUGCUGGAUCAUUUCUUCCCACCUGUCAGCCUGCUGGUCCAGCCUGGGGGUGAAAAUUGUACCGAUUUCACCUACUGGAGAGAUGCUCCUCAGGAUGUGGAGAUAUUCUCGGAUACGGAUAGUGAUGAAGAAGACGAAGAGGACGAAGAUGAGCUAGACGAGGAGAUAGAAGAUGAGGAAGAGGAGGAGUAUGACGGCGAGUUGACCGAAGAAGAAGGCAGUGAAAUUGAUGAGGAGGCUGACGAACUUGGAGAGAGUUACAUCUCACAAGAGUCGAUGGACGGACUUCGGUUGUCUGACUCCAACGCCUCUUUGGCCGCAGACGGUUCAACCCGGGUCGAGGAAGACGAAGACGAAGACGAAGACGAAGAUGCGGAUGAUAUGGCCGCAGAGGCCAAGCUGCUAAAUUCGAGGCUUCCCCCAACUUCGGAAACCCUUCGAUCUGCUUGAGCAAACCGAGACAGAGCGUGAAAAGUAUUAGAUCACGACGUCUUUUUUGGAUAUAACUGAAGCUAUUUCGCAUGGCUUUGCAACGUUCAAUGAUACCCAACCCUCGCAUCAAUUGUUGUGACAGCGUCGGCCCACAUUAUCAGAGCCUCUCUGACAUCUUGAUUCCUUUGCAUAAGCGGCGUUGAGUAAUUGCAUACUGAUUGUUGCCUUGUUCUUGUUUCUGUUGUGAGCAUUGUUGGACCACCUGGCGCUAUAGAGAUUCUCAGCGAGUUGCAUGGUUUGAUUCAGAGUUGUCUCUUGAAGUAUUCGCACCUGGAUAGAGUGUUAGAAUACAAGUACAUAUUGUUAUAUAAUCGAGUUGUUUCUGUCUUGUCGAAUGGCUCGUCGCUGG